AUGCCGCAACCACGUGGCUUCCGCUUCUUCGACCUGCCCGCGGAGCUGCGGGCAGAUAUCCUGGAGCAGCUCGUGCUGGUGCCCCAGGAUGUCCCCGUACACGCCCGGGCCGAGACGAGCACCGAGAGCCCGCCGGCCGCGCUGCUGGAUCUGUUCCUGGCCUGCACGCAGAUGUACCAGGAGGCGUCGGCCAUCUUCUACGCGCGGAACCGCUUCCUGGUCAACCUGGGCUCGAGGCGGAUGUUCAGCGACAUCACGGCCGAGGGCCAGCUCUUCAGCCCCGAGGGCCUGGACGCCCGCCGCCGCGUCCGCGCCCUGCGGCUGCGGCUGCGCCGUCUCAGCGGCGACUUUGAGAAGGUGAUCGCGCCCAUCGUGAGCGACAUGAUCCUCUGCGGCAGCCUGCGCAGCCUCGAAAUAGGCAUUCUGACGCAGUCUUCCGGGCUGAAGGCGAACACGAGCUGCCGCUCCAGCUACGGUAGAGGCCUGGAGGCCGAUAGCCUGGUCACAACUUCCCCCUUCCAGACCCUGCUCCGGCUUCUUGCGGACCCGGAUCUGGAAGAAGCCGGGCUAUGGGUGGCCCAGAUUCACUGGUCUGUGUGGUGUCCUUUCCACGAGACGUACGAUGGCAAUCACAGUUGUCUUGCAAGUUUGCGUCGAGAAGGGAUCGAGCAGGUCAGCGUAGACUGGGAAAAGAUAGUUCGAGAGCUCGGCGAUGUCAAUAUCAUUGCGCGGAAGCGUUGA